AUGGCUCUGAAAGAUACAAUCCUCCCUAUCAGCGAAAUGUCGUAUCCUUUUCCGGACGUGGUAGAGUUGAACGUGGGCGGCCAAGUUUAUGUCACAAAGUACUCUACACUUACCAGCGUACCGGACAGCACUUUAUACAGUAUGUUCUCUAGGAACAAUGUCAAGGAGCUUCCCAGAGAUAACAGGUCUCGGUUCUUUAUAGACAGGGAUGGCUUUCUUUUCAGGUAUGUACUUGACUAUCUAAGGGACAAGCAGCUCUCGCUCCCGGACCACUUUCCAGAAAAGGAAAGACUUUUAAGAGAAGCUGAAUAUUUCCAGCUCAGCGACUUAGUGAAGCUUCUGACACCUAAAGUAACCAAGCAGAGCUCUUUGAAUGAUGAAGGCUGCCAGAGUGACCUCGAAGAGAACUCACAAAGCAGUGACCUGUUCAGAACUGCGGCUCUAGACAAAAAAUCUGGUUUCAUCACCAUAGGCUACAGAGGGUCCUACACCAUGGUGAGAGAUAACCAGGCUGAUGCUAAGUUCAGAAGAGUGGCUAGGAUUAUGGUAUGUGGUAGAAUAGCUUUGGCUAAAGAAGUGUUUGGAGAAACUUUGAAUGAGAGUAGAGACCCGGAUCGCCCCCCAGAAAAGUACACGUCUAGGUUCUACCUAAAGUUCACAUACUUGGAGCAAGCUUUUGACAGGCUAUCUGAAGCUGGGUUUCACAUGGUAGCCUGCAAUUCUACUGGAACAGCAACCUUCGUAAACCAGUAUAGGGAUGACAAAAUCUGGAGCAGUUACACUGAGUACAUCUUUUACAGAUCCCCUCAAAAGUUAGUAUCUCCAAAACAAGAUUGUGAAGAAAUAAAGUCUGAAAAAGUGUUAGACAAAGGUAGUGAAAGUGGAACCUCAUGUAAUGAACUGUCUUCAUCUAGUUGUGAUAGCCAGUCAGAAGCUAGCACCCCUCAAGAAAAUACAUCUGUGCUCCAACAAUCAAGUUCUCAUCAACCGAACACCCUAACAUUGGAUCGCCCAUCAAAAAAGAACCAUGUCCAGUGGGUUCCACCACCAGAUAAACGUAGGAACAGUGAACUCUUCCAAUCACUGAUGAGUAAAUCUAGAGAUAACAACCUUUCUAAAAGGAAAGUCUGUGAGAAACCAAGCAUUGAAGAGGAAAUGAAAAAAUGCAUACAAGAAUUUAAAAAAAUCAAAAUUCCAGAUUACUUUCCAGACAAAAAACGUCCAUGGCAGAUGGAAUUACUAGAAAAAUAUGAUUCUUAG